AUGACAAGCAAUCAACAGAAAACAGUCAAGGUAAGGGUUUCAUGAUUGAACAAGAAAAGGUCAUUUUAGAUACGUCUAUUUUUCAAAAAGGUAAGAAGAUGUGCAUGUUGAACCGUUCAGAAUAUUCUUCUCGUACACGAAGGAGUUUUCGGGCCGAAGGAAAUCCAACCGAAAAGAAAUAUGACCUUCUUUGUUAGGAUAAAAGAACGGCCAAAUUUUUCAAGAUGUCCUUUUGGAUACUUGAAUACCGUUCAUUUACACAGAAUAGCAUGAUCUCUUGUCUUUAUUUCUUCGGAUUAUCAACAAUUUUUGUUUAGUAAUAUGUGCCAAAGGAGUCCUGAAUGGUUCGCAUAGGGGUUAGGGAGAAAAACAGCCACCAUAAGAACCGAAAAAGUACUCCCUAUGGAGAUAAAAUCACGGUGGUCCUUAUUGGGGUUUAGUUUCUGAUCCCUUAGCCCCUAAAAGUCCCUGUAGAAGUUUUUCAAUUCUAUUCAAGAAACGCUUAUUUAUUCAGUUCUCCCAUGAAAGUGCUUCUUCGCUUAGAGUUCAUAAGAAUUAUCGACCAUCAUGUCCUCUAUAGGGAUCAUUUUAACAAGCUUAAGUGGGGUUGUAUUUAGAGGUUGGUAAAGUGGUCCCUAAAGGGGAGCCUCCAAAGGUACCUAACGUUGCCCCUAUAGGGACCACACCGGAUUUUCUCGGUAUUAGACAAUGUUUAAAAAAGGUCUACCAAUAAAAUAUUAGUCAGGAGAAGACAUCCAACUUCCUUUCCACAUUCUACCCACUACAACUGCCGUCACUAGGAUGAAAAACGGAAAGAAAGAGUUCUACCAUCUGGCUGAGAGGCUCAACAUGGACAAAAUGGUAUACUGGGUUGGCGAGGUUAGAAAAAUAGGGUUCUUUCCACCUUUGAAGUUUUUUAGAGAGGCCAAGCGAAGCCAGGUGGCGCUAGAAUUGAUGUCAACGACGGGGUCGCCGUCUUGAGAGACGUUCAUGAGAACGACUCUGGCGACUACAACGUGAUACCUUUCGAGGAAGAGCCUCUGAAAGUCGUCGUCGAGUAG